AUGCCGUCCUCGUCGAGCGGCUCGCAUGCCGCCAUGAUCGAAAAGGCCAAGACGGCCCUAUAUCUCCGUUGUUCAGAAAAUCCGGACCAUUUAUAUAACCAGGUUGAGCUUUCAGCUCUGGGAGUCGUGCCGACAAAGGAUGCAAAUGAUCUUAUGCAAUGCAUUCAAAUCCUCACCAAUGAGGGGCGUUUCAAGCUUCUCCAAACGGAUACUUCCAUCGUAUGGAAGGUGGUUCGAGAAGAGGAUGCCGCAAAGUACAAGAAUCUCUCUGCGGAUGAAGCCCUGGUCUAUAAUCAUAUUGAAUCAGCAGGGCGCGAGGGUAUCUGGACCCGAACGCUGAAGGCGCGCACAAAUCUUCACCAGACCGUUCAAUUACGAUGCCUCAAGAGCCUUGAAGGCCGAAAUAUGAUCAAAUCUAUGGUUAAUGUCAAAUACCCCACACGCAAGUACUUCAUUCUAUCAACUCUGCAACCGGCGGACGACACUACUGGAGGCCCUUGGUUCACCGAUGGUGAAUUGGACGUUGAAUUCAUCGAACAAAUGUCGGCACAAAUAGAGAAAUAUAUCUUUUCCAAAAGUUUCGUCCGUGUCCGCCCUACGGCUAGCAAAAAGGACAAGAUGAGCAAGACCCAAGCGGAAGAAAUGAGGAACAAGGAUUUACAAGAAAAGAAAGCGCCUUUAAAUGUUCGGGACACUUUACUCCCAAUGCCACCAGGACACAUGGAUUACCCCACCGCGUCAGAAAUCAGCAAAUGGGUGAGGGGAUCUGGGCUCACGCCAGUGCCGUUGGAAGAGUCUCAAAUCCGGCAAUUGCUCGACAUACUAUACUAUGACGGACGCAUUGAAAAAGUCAUGGGCGGUAUUGGAUUCAAGGCUGUGAGGCGUCCGAUUGGGGACGACGAAGAGGGCGUUGGGAAUGGGCUCACAGAAGCACCUUGCGGGAGAUGCCCGGUCUUCAAUCUUUGCGAGGAAGGUGGACCCGUAAGCGCAAGCAACUGUGAAUAUUUCAAGACAUGGUUAGACGUAUAG